GACAAUAAAGCAUCAGAUCUUCACCCUUCACCUCCGUUAGUAGAAAUGGACUGGAAUUUUCGGUUGCUUCUCAAUUUAUUUUGUGUUUGUCAGCCAUUGAUGGCCUUCAAUGUUGAUCCUGUGGCCUGGAAGUUCUUCGUAAAUAAUGGAAGCACUGGCUUUGGCUAUAAAGUAAUACAGAAAGAUGCAAGUCUACUUGUGAGUGAUCCUUUAAUUCAACACAGCCAGACUCAAAAAGGACAAAUAUACAGUUGUUCUGUCAGAGAAGGAAACUGCAAGCCUCUGACCUUCACUGUGUCCAAGGAGGCUGUCAACAUGUCCCUUGGACUUUCAAUGUCAGUAGAUCCACAAUCUUCAAGAGCAGUGGUUUGUGGACCAACCAUAACUAAGAGCUGUGACGUAACCACUUACAACGGCAUGUGCUUUAAAAUCAGCCGAGAUAACGUGGUGAGCAGAUCUGUGCCGAGGACUCUGAGAGAAUGCCCCAAAUCCCAAAUCGAUAUUGCUUUUUUACUGGAUGGAUCUGUAAGUGUAGAUCCUGUGGAUUUUAAAAAGAUGAAGACUUUUGUCAUAGAAAUGAUCAAAAGUUUUAUAGACCGUGACACACAGUUUGCCAUUGCACAGUUUUCUACGAAAUGUUUCAUUCAUUACACAUUUCAAGUCAAAGACCCUAUCUGGUGGGAAAAUGCAGUGAAUGGGAUAUCACAAAGCAAAGGAAUGACAUACACUGCAACAGCUAUAAAACUGCUCGUGAAUUCACUAUUUGUAAGUAACGGAGGUGCAAGACCAUCCGCCAGUAAAAUUCUGGUUGUUGUCACGGACGGACAAUCAAACGAUGACUACUUGACUGAUGCUAUCCGAAAAGCAGAAGCGAAACAUAUAAUACGAUAUGCAAUUGGGGUUGGUGACGCUUUCGAUAAGGACAGAGCAAAACGGGAGCUAAUCACAAUUGCAUCUUUUCCCGCUGAUAAGCAUGUGUUCAAGGUUACCAACUUUGAUGCACUGGAAAGCAUUCGUGAAAAACUCAAAGAGAACAUUAUUGCCAUUGAAGGAACCCAGACGUCUGGAGAUUCAUCUCGGAUGGAGUUUGCACAGGAUGGUUUUAGUGCUGCACUGACAUCAAAUACGGAUAUGAUCAUGACUGCAGUUGGAGCUUUCCAGUGGAAGGGUGGAUAUCAGCUCUACAAACCAAAUGAACAGUCAAAUGUCUUUCAGGCUGGAAGUGAGCAUGACAGUUAUUUAGGUUAUUCCUUGGCAAUUUCAACAACGUACAGAACAAAGUAUGCAGUCAUGGGGGCACCAAGACACAAGCAUAUGGGUCAAGUGACGAUUUCAAGAAUUGAUCGAAUGGGCAUGGAACAACUAGAUUCUCCAGAGCCUCAGAUUGGCUCUUAUUUUGGAGCUGAGGUGUGUGUGGUGGAUUUGAACAGUGACUCUAAUACAGACCUUCUUCUGGUAUCAGCACCAACAUACAUAGAGUCUGAGCGAGAGGGAAAAGUGUUUGUUUAUACUUUCAGAGAUCGGUCAAGGUUCAGUUUUUCUGGUGUGGUGCUGGUGGGCAUGGCCGGUCAGAGGGGUCGCUUUGGCUCUUCUCUGGCCAGUCCAGCAGAUCUGAAUGGUGAUGGUUUUAUGGAUGUGCUGGUUGGUGCUCCGUUAGACGAGGAUGGACAGGGCAGCAUCUACAUCUUCAACGGAGGCGCAGAUCGAAUAAAUCCCACAUAUUCACAGAGGAUUGCUGGAUCAUCUGUGAGACUAGGUUUGCAGUACUUUGGCAUUUCAUUGAGUCAGUCCUCUCCAGACCAGACUCAAGAUGACUUUCCUGACAUCGCUGUAGGGUCCAAAGGAGCAGUUGUGCUACUCAGGUCCAGACCCAUUGUGCUGUUGGAAACCAAAGUAACUUAUAAGCAAUCCAAAAUCCCUACCAGCGAAACAGAAGAGUUGGUGAACAACACCAUGAAUGUGUGCUUCACCAUGCGUCCAUACAGACACAACAAAAAAGAUUUAUUUGCAAAUAUUAAUUACACCAUAACACUGGAUGCCAAGCGGCAGAAAUAUCGAGCACACUUUUCACCCAAAAACAGAGUCUUGGAGGAUGUUAUAAUGAACAUUGGACUGCAAGAACAAUGCAAAAGUCAUCAUUUUCUUAUCAAUGCUUUCUCAGAAGAUGCUCUGAAUCCGAUGUCCAAUCAGUUAACAUUCACCUUUGAAGGUCUUCCAUCUAGUACAAUGCAAAACUUGAUGCCAGUUCUGCUGCCAGAGAUAAAGACCACCUCAGAACACAAUCUGGAUUUUGAGAUCAACUGUGGUCAUGAUGACAUUUGUGUUGAUGACCUCAGGGUGGACUUCAAUUUCUCUGGAUCUACUAAUAUAGAAGUGGGGAUAAUGCAGGAGAUCAAUGUGACAGUGUUUGUCGAGAAUAGAGGAGAAAACUCAUACAACACACACUUCACCCUCGAUUACCUCUAUGGAUUUUCAUACAGGAAAAUCACAUCAAAACAGGGCAGGGUGGAGUGUGUGUCUUUUGAUGCAGAACAGAGAGGUUCAUCUGGAGAGACGAUCUGCCACAUCAGUAAACCGAUCCUCAAGGCCAACACUCAGGUUGUGUUUCAUAUUACCUACAGCAUUGACAAACAAAGCACCUUUGAUCAAAAUGCGACAUUCAAUGCUAGCAUCAACAGUGGGAACAGCCAACAUUCUCCAACUAGUGUAUUAUUCAGAAGGAAAAGCAUUGGAGUCAAGUAUGCCAUCUCCAUUACAUUAAUAAGACAUGAGUAUUCGAGCCUCCAUAUUAACUUCACUGCACAGAAAAACAAUCUUGAAAAAACAGUUACACAGAUACUAAAGGUGGAAAAUGACUUCAGAGAAUUAACUUUCAAGGUUUUCAUCAGAGUCCCAGUGAAGCUGGAAAAUAAAUUCAUCUGGACUGAUGAAAACUUACAAAUUCCAGAUUGUGUGAAACAGGAGGAUGAAGGGCCAGUCGGAUCCCGGUUUGUGGAAGUGAUUAAAAAGGAUCGUUUGUUGAAUUGCAGUGUGGCGGUGUGUGCCGUGUUCAUCUGCGACGUCAAUCUCAUGAAGAAUGAAAGAAAGCUCUAUAAUAUAACUGCCAAUGUGAGCUCUGCAUGGAUUGAGCAGACCGGCCUCAGAGCUGCUGUUUUCCAGUUGGUCAGUUCAGCGUCUCUGGAUUUUGACAAGAGCAAAUAUGUUUUCUUUUCCUCUGAUUCUCAACACACUGCUCCGUCUGUCCAAAUUAGCACCCAGGUGGAGGUGUAUGAGGAGGUGGACCUGACGAAGGAGAUCAUUGGAGGAGUGAUAGGAGGACUUCUGCUGCUGGCUCUUAUCACUGCGGCGCUCUAUAAGGCUGGAUUCUUCAAAAGCCAGUACAAGCAGCUGAUGGAGAGCGCAGAGCAGAAUGCUGAAGACGAGGCAACCACUGCUAAAGGUUGACAGAAGUAACCAACCACUCUGGAUCAACCACUAUAGUGGUGUAUUACUGUACAUGCAAAUCACUCUGGUGUCAGGCAAACAUUAUUGGGGUUUAUAGUACAUGUAUGCAAAUAUUAGGGCUACACUGCUGCUUUUUGACGAUUAUCACAAUAGCUUUCUGUUAAGAAACUCUUCAGUGAGUUUAUUGGAUAAAAGUACUGAUAAAUGGAGACGUCUGUUAUGAAUAUUAUACUUAAGAUGUCUUGAAAUUCAUUGCAUUUAACAUAACACAUCACUAGAAUCAUUUUACACAUUGCUUCUAUGAAUUAGCAUAUACUAUUAGCUUUUAUGUAGCAUGGUUUAAAACAUGCUUUGGAUGUUU